AUCUCGACACAUUCGCCGGCUCUCGAAGCGUCUGAGGGUGACGUCACUCAGCCACACCCAAAACAGGAAGUGUGGCGUGACUCGCGGCUGCAGACGGAGCGGGUUGUUUCGUCACUGAGGCCGCAACGUGACGAGGUCGGCACAGAUGUCUGACGACGCCGAGCAGCGAGCGGCAGAAGCGGCGCAGUCCAGGGAGAAGAUGCCCGACCCUUGUGAGGAGGCGGACCGGGAGGACGCGGGCCGCGCCCGGGACCCGCAAGCCAGACCGCCCUCAUUGGUCUCCGUGGACGAGCUGAUGGAGACGGCCAAUGACAUCAGCAACAUGGUGUUUGCUCAUGAGAUCAUGGUCAACCAGGAUUUCCAGCUGAAGCCUGCAGAACUCCCCGAGGGAAGCUUCCAGCAGCGGGUCAAGGAGGUGAUGCACAAAGCAUUCUGGGAUUGUUUGGAGGCGGAGCUGCAGGAGAGUCCGCCCCAGUACGACAAGGCCGUGUGGUUGCUGGCCCAGGUCAAAGAGAUCCUGCUCUCCUUCCUGCAGCCCGGGCACGUGCGGCUCCGCUGCAGCGUCGAAGAGCUCCUGGACCUUCCUCUGAUCCGUCAGCAGGCGGAGAACGGGGCGCUGGACGUCCGCGGCCUCUUCCAGUCCAUCGUGGGCAUGAUGGCAGUGAUGUGUGCCCCCUGCAGGGACGAGGACGUCAACAAGCUGAAGGAGAUCCACGACACGGUGCCUCUGCUCAGGUCCAUUUUCGCAGUGCUGGAUCUGAUGAGAGUGGACCUCGCCAACUUCGCCGUUCAGUGUAUCCGCCCUCAUCUGAUGCAGCAGUCAGUGGAGUAUGAGAGGAAGCAGUUCCAGCAGUUUCUGGAGAAGCAGCCCAACGCUCUGGACUACACUGAGAAGUGGCUGCUGGACACGUCGGUGGGUCUGCGUGAGGCUUCACCUCCACCUGCGUCUCUUGGUCCUCGCGACGUCCACAACCAAGCGUACCUGCGUCUGCUGAGGUGGGACCACGCGGCCGCACUCUUCCCCGAGACGGUUCUGCUGGACCAGGGACGCUUCCAGCAGAUGCAGCAGGAGGUGGAGCAGCUGGUCCUCCUCUCGUCGCUGCUGCUCAUCGUCUACACCUGCACUGGAGACUCCAUCUCUGGACUGCCUGGCCUGAUGGACUCCCUGAAGCAGACCAUCAGUGUCAUGAUCGCCGACAUGCACUCGCCGUCCUUCAGUCUAGACGAGGCGCUGGCCACCAUCGGGGAGAAGGUGUGCGUGGAGCUGAGUGGGUGUCUGAGCCAGCACGGUUUCCAGCCUGGGUCAGCUGACCAGCAGAAGAGUUUGAAGGGCCAGAUCUCGGCCGCCGGGCAGCCCAACAACACCGUCUGCAGGCUGAUGGGUACUCUGCUGGCCUGCGUGGCGGCACUCAAGUCUGCUGCGAUGACACGGCUCUUCUUCUCUCCAGGGUCCCGAGUCCAGAGCUACCUGCUGGCCUCGCUGGAGUCCAGUCAACACAAGACCCCUCCGGCUCUGCCCGGGGGUCUGGUCCCGGUCGGCCAGGAGCUCAAGCAGAUCGCUGUUCGCUUCGUUCGACUGGUCAACUUCAAUAAGCUGGUCUUUGCUCCCUUUUACCAGAAGAUCUUUGAGAAGAUUCUUCCGUCAGAGGAGAGAGAACUGGGAGCCGGUGACUCGGCGGAGGGCUUGUAGGUCCCGUCCCGCCGCCGUCCCCGGACCCUCGCUCCGCACAACACCAUCCCGCCUCUGACACUAUUGAAGAGAUGUGAGAUCCUUCAUCACUGCACUGCAGCUUAGCCAAGCGCUCACUUUCAGAUGAUGUCGGCCACCUGUGGCAGCCCUGUCCUCUCUGGUGGUGUCACUCCAGCCCUCAGUCCAGCGGCACAGCAGCGGGCCCGGAGAGGGCGCUGCCUCCGCAGCACUCACCCCUUCACCAGUGUCGGUGUGCACCUGCUGCCUGAUAAUAAACCUGACAUGAUCACGAU